GGGGUUUGUUGUUGUUUGUUUUGUCCGAUCUGUUUUUCAAUUCGAAUUGUUAACUUAUUUAAUUUAUGAUUCCCUCGUGACGUUUACUGUUGAAUCCUUAAAUUAAAAGGAAAUUAUUUGAAUGUUGACAUUUAUCAAGAAAAAAAAUUGCUGAUCUUUCACACAGUGCGCUUUGGAAUGAUCAGUUUCAUUCUUGUUUAAGAAUUAUUUUUAGAAUCGUGAGUCGUAUAAUCACCAUAACCUUUGGAUGUGCAAUAAACUCUAAUAUUGAAUCUAUCUCAUCAUCACUUUAGAUUAAUUCUUAUUUUUAUACAAUUCUUAAUUGUUUGUGAAGUGAAAAUUUCCUCAGUGAGUAAAUUAAAGUGAAUUGAAAGUGUUACGUUGAGUGAGAAUUACGAUUAAAGAAAUAAGAGGAUACAAAAUUGUGAGAAAUGAAUGAUAAAACUGCAUCAGAUAGUGACAAGCCAGCAGGCCGGCCUUUACUUCCAAAACCUUCCGGUAUAAAGCCACCAUCCAAGCAAAGUGCUCUUCCCAAAAUUACCAGAAUAUGUGACACUCACGAGAAGAAAGCAGAACUUCCACAAGAAGCUACACCAAAAAAAGUUGAGAUGAAUCGGAAGAUUUCUCUCAUUUCAAUAAUAUUUGAGUAA